GGGGGCGCCGGGCCGCAGCUGCCCGCCGCCCGCGCCCGGCUGCAGUUCAGGAUCGUCAGGGUGCUGGAGAUGCUGGAAGCGCUGGUGAGCGAGAGCAGCGUGACCGAGGAGCAGCUGCGGCGGGAGCGGGACAGCCUCCGGCGGGAGCUGGAGCAGCUGCGGGCGGCGGCCCGCGGGAGCGCCCCGCAGCCCAGCAGCGUUGGACCAGAUCAAAUGGUGAUAGACCUCACAGACCCCAACCGGCCCCGGUUCACCUUACAGGAGCUCCGAGAUGUAUUGCAAGAGAGGAACCAGCUGAAAGCUCAGCUUCUGGUGGUGCAAGAGGAGCUACAGUGCUAUAAGAGUGGGAUCAUCUCACAGAAAAGGGACCAAACUGAAGAACUGGAAAAAGUAGCCAGUGGCAGCAGUGCUGGCACUAGCAAGAACAGUGAAGAGAAGACAAUCAUCAAACGGCUGUUUUCUUUUAAACAUGGAAAAUGAGCAUCCUCAAGGACUUAACUGCUGCUGGUGAGAAUGGCACUGAUGGGCCUCAGAGGCAUUGGGAAAGACAAUGACUGGAAGCAGCAGCAUCACUCCUACUGUAGAGAAUGAGCAAUCUCAUUAAAAUCACGUUGUAUAAUAUUUUCUCAGAAUAGAUUUUACUCUGUUUUUUCAGAAACUGUUUGAAACACUUUUUAUAUUUCUUACUGUCAGACAUUACCAACAUGUAGAAAAUAAAAUGUUUAUACAAAGUU